GCCAAGUUGGGCUCAAGCUCGGCGCAUCGCGCCCUCUGUCUCCCGACCUGGAUUGCGAUCGUCGACGCGAGCAGGGCCGAAAGGCAGAAGGCGGGCACGAGCGCGGGAUCGACGCCGAAGGAUAAGAAGCUACAGGUUGAAGAGGAAGAGAAGGAGGUAGAGGGCGAAGCCAUGGAAGGAGGAGACGAGGACAUGAGCGCAAAGGAGAUGCUAAAGAAGAUAAUGGCCAUGAUGACGGCCACGAGGAAGGACAUGAAGGACACGAAGGCUGACGAUGUCGUCGAGUUCAUGAGUGGCAUAUUGGAGGGCGUCAGCGAAAAGGGAUAUUUGGAGGAUGCGUUCGCGUUCGGGAAAAAAUUCAAAUCGGCUGACGCCAUGUGGGAGUACAUGGGGAGUCAUGCCGGGAAUCACGUGCACCAGUAUAAGGGCAGCAAGGUGCAUUGCAACGCAGACUCGCAUGCGGACCCGGAGUCCGAGGACAGCAGGAGGGAGAAGGCAGCGCGGAAGGUCGUCCGCGCCGUCAUCGAGACCAGCGGCGGCAACGGGGAGGACGUGAAGAAACGCAUUGACACGAACUACAGGAAGGGCGUGGCGUGGUUCAAUGAGGAGCGGAUUGCACAGUGA